ACUAGUCAAAAUGGCCGAGUUAUCAACAGACAGCUUACAAUCACAAAAAAGCUUAACUGAAUCUGUUAAUGAUGAGAUUAAAAAUAAUGAGCAAAUCGUUACUGAGAUUGCUACAGAUUUCAGUAAAUUUUUAAAUUUUAAUGUUGUAAAAGAGGAGAGUAAAUUCAAUGACAGUAUUGAAAUGAUGCUAACCAAGUUGGAUGAAUAUUUUUCACUUGUUGACAUGAUUCGCAGUGAUACAUCUCUGUGCCUCUCCACAACUCUGCCACAGAUACAAGAGAAAUGUGUUGAGAUGGAAGCUGUGUUUGAAAGGAUUGAUAAAUUGGAGGCGUUUGUGAACAUGGUAAGAGAAUGUGUUGCAGCUACCGAGGAGAAGGUCACAAAAGCAGAAAAUGACCUGACCACAGUGGGAGGACUGGUCAAGAAACUUACCUCAUUUGUUUCUUUGCAGAAAAAGCCACCAGCACAAGCCAAGCCCAAGAAGCCAGAAUUUAUUCCAGCAAACAUUUUUUCCACCCAAGAGUUUUUUCCACACCCUACUGCUGAAGAUAAACAACAAGGGACAUCACUGUCAGAAGAAUUGAAACAGGGGACACCACUCUCAGAAGAAUUGAAACAGGGGAUACCACUGUCAGAAGAAUUAAAACAGGGAACAUCACUGUCUGAUGAAUUGAAACAGAGGACACCAUUAUCAGAAGAGUUGAAACAGGGGACACCACUGUCUGAAGAGUUGAAACAGGGGACAUCACUGUCAGAAGAAUUGAAACAGGGGACAUCACUGUCUGAAGACCUUCCCAUAGCUGACCCUCAAACAUAGCACAAUGAUAAAAUAUAUUUAUUAUAUUCACAGUUUUGUUGAUGAAUUUAUUAUUACCAUUUUUUAAAGCUAUUGAAAGAAUUUUUAUUGUCGUCAAAUAAAAUGUUGAUUUUCAUUUGUAUGUACCACAAAAUCCUAGUACCAAUUCAAAUAUACAUAUACUGAGCUUUAUCGUUAGAAUUGUAUAACCUGUUUAAUUUGAGUUUUUCAUAUUGGAAAACUAUUAAAUACUUGCCUAUGUUCAAGCAUUCUAAAAUGAUAUUAAGGAAACCAGUGACUAAACAGACCAAAAAAAAAACAGUUCUCUGUAUAACGAUGUUUUUGUGAAAAUGAUUUUUUUAAUAUAUUUAUAAUUGUUAUGCUGUACUGGGUCGUGUAUGAUUUUGGUUAGGGGACUUAAUCCAAAAUAUCCAACUGUUGAAUUUAUUGGUGCAUUUACUGUUCUUGUUUUGUUGUUUACAUUAUGAUCUCAUCUAUUUGUGUAUAAAUUAGGUGGACGUCUGUGUACGAAUUAUGUGUACAUGUUGACUAAUACCAGAAUGACCAUUCAUGUCUUUGUUCUCUACUUGUUAGAAUUAAAAUAAAAUUUAAAAUUGUUU